AUGUCCCGGGGCGCGGCGGGGAGCGAGGGAGAGCCCCAGGUGCGGCCCGAGGGGAAGGAGAGGCAGAGGAAGAGGAGGAGGAGGAGGAAGAAGAAGGAGAGCAAGACGCGGCUGGUGCGCUCCAGCCUGCUGCCACCUGAGACCGAGGCGGAGAAAUCCAAGCGGCCCGCCCUGGCCGGCAAUCGCCUGAAGACCACCAAGUACACGGCCCUCUCCUUCCUGCCCAAGAACCUCUUCGAGCAGUUCCACCGCCUGGCCAAUGUCUACUUCGUCUUCAUCGCGCUGCUCAACUUCGUGCCGGCCGUCAACGCCUUCCAGCCCGAGUUGGCCCUGGCUCCCGUGCUCUUCAUCCUGGCGGUCACGGCCAUCAAGGACCUGUGGGAAGACUACAGCCGCUACCGCUCCGACCAGGAGAUCAACCACAUGGAGUGCCUGGUGUACUGCAGGACCGAGAAGAAAUAUAUAAGCAGAUACUGGAAAGAAGUGAAAAUUGGAGACUUUGUUCAGCUUCGUUGUAAUGAAAUCAUACCUGCUGACAUCUUGCUGCUCUCUUCAAGUGAUCCUGAUGGGCUGUGCCAUAUAGAAACAGCUAACCUGGAUGGUGAAACUAACUUAAAACAAAGACAGGUGGUGAGGAGGUUUUUAGAGCUGGACUCAGAAUUUGACCCCUUGAAGUUCACCAGUGUCAUUGAAUGUGAGAAUCCUAACAACGACUUAAGUAGGUUUCGAGGUUCCAUUGUACAUAAAAGUGGAAAAAAGGAUGGACUGUUCAAAGAAAAUCUUUUGUUACGUGGAUGUACUAUUAGAAAUACAGAAGAAGUUGUAGGAAUUGUAAUCUAUGCAGGGCAUGAGACCAAAGCUUUGUUAAAUAAUAAUGGACCUCGCUAUAAACGCAGUAAGCUUGAAAGACAGAUGAAUGCUGAUGUCCUUUGGUGUAUCCUUAUACUUCUCAUCAUGUGUCUGUUUUCUGCCAUUGGUCACGGCCUAUGGGUAUGGCAAUACGGUGAGAAGAAGAAACCAGUUUUUGAUGUUCCAGGACCUGAUGGCAAAUACUUGUCUCCUGUUCUAGCUUCAGUGUAUUUAUUUCUGACAGCAAUCAUAGUUUUUCAGGUUAUGAUUCCAAUCUCUUUGUAUGUUUCCAUUGAAAUAGUUAAAAUCUGCCAAGUGUACUUUAUUCAUCAAGAUAAAGAUUUAUAUGAUGAAGAAACAGACUCUCAGCUGCAGUGCCGAGCUUUAAAUAUCACAGAAGACUUAGGUCAGGUGCAGUUUAUCUUUUCAGACAAGACUGGGACACUUACUGAAAAUAAGAUGGUUUUCCGAAGAUGCACAGUUUCUGGAAUAGAGUAUUCCCACGAUGAUAAUGCCAAGCGCUUAGCUAUGUACCAAGAGCCUGAUUCUGAGGAAGAGGAAGCAGCUCCAAAAGGAGGAACUUUAUCCCAGCGUGACAGUAUCUGCAGCCAUCAGAGCAUCAAAGUAAUUCACAGAAGCCAGAGCACCAAAACCCACCGCCGCACGGGAAGCAGAGCUGAAGCAAAAAGAGCAAGCAUACUGUCGAAGCAUACUGCAUUCAGUAGCCCAAUGGAGAAGGACAUCACACCAGAUCCUAGCUUGUUAGAAAAGGUGAAUGAAUGUGCAAAGCAUCUGGAGAUCAUGAGGGGCCACGAACAGCCAUUAUCCCAUCUGAGUCCAGAACUGUGUGAUAUUUUUGACUUCUUCAUUGCUUUGACUAUCUGUAAUACCGUUGUGGUUACUGCUCCAAAUCAGCCCCGACAGAAGGUUAGAGACCGAUUUGAACUAAAAUCUCCUGUAAAAACCAUAGAAGACUUCAUCCGACGACUCACUCCAAGUCGCUUGACCUCUGGAUCUAACAGCAGCAGUUCAUCCAGCCUAGCUACAAACAAAUCAAUGCAUAGAUUUGGUUUAAGUGUCCUUUCAUCCACAUCUACUGAGAGCACUUUAUUAAAACUGGAAGAGAAGCUGGCAUACUCUGCACAGAUGAAUAACAAUGGCUACAGCUCCCAGCAAGGCAGGAUGGCUGUAGGGAGCGGGCCUGAGGAAGGAGAGCUCCGUUAUGAAGCAGAGAGUCCAGACGAAGCUGCUCUCGUCUAUGCAGCAAGGGCAUAUAACUGUUCUCUGGUUGGAAGGCUGUCUGACCAGGUAUCAGUGGAGCUACCUCACCUGGGAACAUUAAACUUUGAAGUAUUACAUACAUUGGGCUUUGAUUCCAUCAGGAAGAGGAUGUCAGUAGUGGUCAGACAUCCUCUCACGGAUGAAAUAAAUGUUUACACUAAAGGAGCAGAUUCAGUUAUUAUGGAUCUCCUUCUGCCUUGUUCUUCAGGUGACCCUCGGGGCAAACAUCAAAAGAAAAUCCAAACCAAAACCCAGAAUUACCUUAAUCUGUAUGCUGUAGAUGGGCUGCGAACCCUGUGUAUUGCAAAACGAGUUCUGAGCAAAGAGGAAUAUGCUUGUUGGUUAAAAAGUCGUCUGGAAGCAGAAUCUUCUAUUGAGAAUCGUGAAGAACUUCUGUUUCAGUCAGCACUGCAGAUAGAGAAGAAUUUGCAUCUGCUAGGUGCCACUGGUAUUGAAGACCGUUUACAGGAUGGCGUUCCAGAAACCAUUGCAAGCUUGCGCAAAGCUGGGUUGCAGAUUUGGGUUCUUACUGGAGACAAGCAAGAAACUGCUGUUAAUAUUGCAUAUGCCUGCAAGCUACUAGAUCAUGAUGAGGAAAUCAUCACUUUGAAUGCUGAAUCACCAGAGACAUGUGCUGUCUUGCUGGAGCAGUGUCUGCAAUGCAUAGAGUCUAAAUUUUCAAACGACACAAUAGACGAAGCUACUGGAAACAUGACUGUUGGGUUCACCCCUCUCUAUCCACCCUCUUCCCCUGUGCUUUCCAGCUUGGGCCUAGUGAUUGAUGGAAGGACUCUAGCUUAUGCCCUGGAACCUACUUUAGAAGAUAAAUUUCUUGCACUAGCCAAACGGUGCCGUUCAGUUCUUUGUUGUCGCUCUACUCCACUCCAAAAGAGCAUGGUAGUGAAACUAGUCAGAGACAAGCUCAAAGCAAUGACCUUGGCAAUAGGUGAUGGUGCUAAUGAUGUCAGUAUGAUCCAAGUUGCAGAUGUUGGUGUGGGGAUCUCCGGUCAAGAAGGCAUGCAGGCGGUGAUGGCAAGCGACUUUGCAAUCCCGAGGUUCCGACAUUUAGAGAAGCUCUUGCUUGUUCAUGGUCACUGGUGUUAUUCUCGACUUGCCAACAUGGUGCUGUAUUUCUUCUACAAAAAUGCAAUGUUUGUGGCCCUUCUUUUCUGGUACCAGUUCUACUGUGGGUUCUCCGGCUCAUCCAUGGUUGACCAGUGGUAUCUCAUCUUCUUUAAUUUGCUUUUCUCUUCUCUUCCACAACUGAUUACUGGUGUGCUGGAUAAGGAUGUGCCAGCUGAAGUGUUACUAUCUGUACCUCAGCUUUACAAAAGCGGACAGAACAUGGAGGAGUAUCAACCACACAUGUUUUGGAUGAACAUGAUUGAUGCUAUGUAUCAAAGCCUUGUUUGCUUCUUCAUCCCUUAUUUUACUUACUAUGAUUCCGAGGUGGAUAUUUUCUCCUGGGGAACUCCCAUCACCACAACAGCGCUUUUCACCAUCAUACUACAUUUGGCUAUUGAAACCAAAACUUGGACAUUCCUCCACUGGUCAUCUUGCAUCUUCAGUAUCCUUUUAUUUUUCUUUGUGGCUCUGGUUUACAAUGCUUCCUGCCCAGUAUGCCAUCCUCCAUCCAAUCCAUACUGGACUAUGGAAAGGCUGAUGGGAGACCCGAUAUUCUACUUCACUUGCAUUAUAUCACCAGUAGUUGCAUUGCUGCCCAGAUUUCUGUACAGAACCCUUCAGGGAACACUAUUCCCAACGCAGCUUCAGCUUGGACGCCAGCUGAGUAAACUAUCUCCAGAGAUUCGCACCCAGCUUCUGACCAAGCUGGAUGUCAAAAAAGGACCAAUACAUCAGACACAAUCCUUUGCAAACAGCUUCUCACCAAACCUUGUCUCGAAUGCCAGUGACAGUUUUAAGCCUUACAACCAAAACGCGCCUUCACCAGCAUCUCCAACAAAUGAGUCACUUUUCCAAGAGCACAAAAAGGCAGAGCGUGCAACAGAUCUGAUUGUGUCUGCCUCUCCUCAGCGUGCUCUGAUUUAUGAGGAAAGCAGUCUCCCCUCAUCAGCACAUAGCCAGGAAAGGUCUGUGGGAUUUCGUGAAGUUACUCACAGCACUUCAGAGAUGGAGUUGUCUCCCAUGGGAGGAACUUUCCCGUGGAGCUCGGCAGUCGACCAAACAGACUUCAGUUUGUUGAAGUGGAUCACAUCAACUCCACUGUUCAGCCGCUUUGGAACUGUUUUACAGGUGUCAUCGAGUAGUUUACACAAUGAAACACAAGAUGGUAUGUGUGUGCUUGGCUCUUCCUUGCAGGAGGACUUCAAAGACUUAAAAGAACAGAGCUCAAAUAACUUCCAGGACAAAAUGAAAGGGACCCCAGCUGACCAUUGGAAAAGUGACAAUUCUGAGUCCACCUUUUUAUGACAUGGGCCUUAAAUAUAUUUAUAUAUUUUCUAUUUGCACACAUUUAUAGUGAGAUUACUCUAUUUGUUUCCAAAAAAUGAAACAGAAAAUCAAAGGUACAGAGUGAUUAUUUAAGAAUGUUUAAAUACAGUAUAUUGAAAUAAGAGCUUUAAAUAUAAAAAGAAACACUUGAAUGUUCCAUUUGUAUGGUUUUUUAUUUUUUUCAUCUCAUUUUGUAAGGAAAUGCCGUCUCUUUAUUUUUCAGAUGCUUCUCUUUUAUUCUGACACAUACUGUAAAAGUAAAGGACCCGUCUAACAUAUCCAAAGGGAUUAGAUUUAGCACCAAUCAUUGAUACUGUUAUAAGCCAUUCGGUAAUCAAAGAUGCAAAACCUUGAUAACAGGACACCGCAUCCCAUCCGUUGUCUGCUUGCCGCAGGGUUUUGUCAUAGGGGCAAAACAUUUGGCAAGACUGUGGAAUUAUGACACACAUCUCUGUAAAUGUUAACAGUAUCUUACCACCGCAUGAAUAAUACUGGCAUUUUAUAAGUGACACCAUAUUUUGAUACUGCAGCCAUAGCUUUUUUAUGUGUCAUGAUAAAACAAUAAAUAAACAACCAUCCAUAUUGUAAA